GACGUCACUUACGCGCGACUUGGAAUCGCCAAAAGUGCCAGAUUCGAAACCAGGAUCUUCGUUUUUUGUUAAAGAACGUCAAAUUGGAUGCACCGACAGAGUGGUUUGGCUACUUUUAUUAACUGUCAGUGAUCAGGAUGGCCACCACAAGUAAGACGCCACCUGGUGCCGACCCGAAGCAGUUGGAGCGAACUGGGACAGUGCGGGAAAUCGGCUCCCAGGCAGUGUGGUCCUUGUCCUCCUGUAAACCAGGAUUUGGCGUGGACCAGCUGAGGGACGAUAAUCUGGAGACAUACUGGCAGUCUGACGGCUCGCAGCCUCACCUGGUUAACAUACAGUUCAGGAGGAAGACUACGGUGAAGAUGUUGUGCAUUUAUGCAGAUUAUAAAUCGGACGAGAGCUACACACCCAGUAAGAUCUCCGUCAGAGUAGGCAACAAUUUCCACAACCUGCAGGAGAUCAGGCAGUUGGAGAUGGUGGAGCCCAGCGGCUGGAUUCACAUCUCUCUGCUGGAUCAGCAGUCCAACAAACCAAUCCGAACCUUCAUGAUUCAGAUCGCUGUGCUGGCUAACCACCAGAACGGCAGAGACACGCACAUGAGGCAGAUCAAAGUCUACACGCCGGUAGAGGAGAGCUCCAUCGGCAAGUUCCCACGAUGCACCACCACUGAUUUCAUGAUGUACCGCACCAUCAGGUGAUCUGGGACAAUGUCAACCUGCAGUGUGGACAAACCCAGGAAAAGGAAAAACAAGACUAAUACAUGGAGCUGUGGCCGUUACCUUGAGGGGGACUGACACAGACUAAUAUCUGGAACUGUGACUGUUAUCUUGUCAGAUGCUGAUUGAUUGUAUAUUGAUUACCAAAUAGUUUUUGUCAGUUUUUUCAAAGUAUGUUACUGAUAUUUGAAACCUAAGUUGCCAAUAUGUAAAUAAACAUCAAUAAACCUU